AUGGAGCGCACGCCCUCGCCACCCCGUCGCCUGCGCACCCCGCCCGCGCCGCACCAUGGAGACAACUACGAGCCGUUUUCACCGCGCCGCUCCAGCAGAGUGGCGGCCCGACGCGACAAUACUCACCUUCACCACGCGCAGUCCAGUCCACGGGCCCGGCGCGACGUGACGCCCACCGCGGCGAGCAAAUCGUCCGCCAAGCGCGCAACCACCUUCGCUCUCUCGCCGCCAUCCUCGCCCGCUUCGCACCAGCAACUCCGCUCACCGCGCUCGACCCGUCGCGCGCCCUUGGAAUCCAACCCGCACCACUCCGACUCGGACCACGCCCCCCCGUCUGUAAGCCGGCGCCUCCUGUCGACAACAAUGGCUCCAGGCAUGCUACCAACUCCGGCCAAGACGCCUCGCAAGCGCCGCAUCGACGACAUGAGCUCGACUGCGCGCGUCUUGUUCCCCACCAACCGGCCCUCCACCAUUGACGAGGCCAUGCCAACACCCCGCAAACCCCGCAAGACCAAGGACCUGUACACGCUCGAGAGCUUCGCGCAGCACAUGGACGAAGCCACGGAAAAGAUUGCCAUCUACACCGACUCCAAGGAACGCGUACCCACGCCUGGCGCCCAAACCGAGGAAAACCCCUUCAUUACCACCAAAGGCAAGGGAAAAGCAAAGAGAGUCGCGCAAAAGUCGCGCAAGACGGUGGACAAGAAGACGGCCAAGAUGGACGAGGCCGUCGACCGGGACGAGGGCAUGGUUUACAUCUUCCGUGGCCGCAAGGUGUUCCGCAAGUUUCACGAUGACGCACCCUCUGGUGCUUCCGACGCAGAGCACCACGACGAGCUCUCCGCCGAUGACAGACACGUCCGCCGCCAGAUUGGUCACGAAGCCCGUCGGCCGCUUACGCGUUCGUCCAUCAAGCCGCGUCUGUUGUUCCAAGCUGAAAUCAAAGAGCGCAAUCGUGCAAACGGUAUUGAAGACGAUGACGAGGAGGCGACGACCGACAUUGAGCCUUCUGUCGCUACGCCGAGCCGCAACAAAGGCAAGAAUGUUGUUCAAGUCCCGUCGCUAGCCACGACGCCACCGCCUACUAUUCGCAAGCCCAAGAAGGAAAUAUCAUUCGACUCUUGGCUGCGCGUCAAAUCAUCUCACAGCUCAAGCAGCUCGUCCAAGACGUCUAAGAAGCGCAGUGGCGAGCCGAUUCAGCGCGAAGCAGUUGACAAGCGGGCUCGAAGUGAGCAUGCCACCUCUUCCCUGUCGUUUGACAGCAUCUAACAGCGCACACAGCCCGUUCAUCGUGAGCAUUCUGCCGAUGACACGUGGUCUGGACAUGGCACUGCUUGCAGCAUGUCCCGUUGCGGGAUGUGCAUUGCAUGGCCACUGUGGCGAUUCAUUUUUUGCAUACAUAGCGAGCGUUGUUUGCUUUUUGUUUGCCAUUUUGUUUUUGCUAGAAAGAAAGGAUACCCAUGAUUACGAAAGGCGUGCUGCCGCGCUUCCGGCCCGGCGCGACGCACUUGGCUAGCUGUAAGCUCCCCAAAGGCAUUCUAAUCGGUAAUUUUCUGGGGAGGGAGUUGGAGCUGGGAAACAGGGUAGCCCAUCAAGUGCUGCUCGUAGUAGUAAGUACACAAGGGAGGGAAGGGAUCUUAUAAGCAAAUGUCGUGUGUUAUGGAGGUGACUAGAAGUUUUUUUUUUCGUCUUCUAGCAUUCCUGGGCCCAACACACGUAUGGAUGGAUGGCAAGGGUACAUAGCGUAGACAGAAAC